CCCUGCUUUCCGUUCAACCGAAGCCACGAAUCUAUUAAACUGAAGAAAUCGCCGUUUCUUUCUACUUUCUUCUUCUUCUUCCUUGAAUCCACGCAGGUUUCUCUGCAAUGGGCAGCAAAAACAAAGAUGUCAUCCGAUUAGAGCGUGAAUCCGUCAUUCCCAUCCUCAAGCCCAAGCUCAUCAUGACUUUGGCCAACCUAAUCGAGCAUAGUUCUGAUCGGGCAGAGUUCUUGAAGUUCUGCAAGCGAGUGGAGUACACGAUACGGGCUUGGUAUCUUCUCCAGUUUGAGGAUUUGAUGCAAUUGUACUCCCUCUUUGACCCUGUGCACGGGGCUGAGAAAUUGCAGCAACAGAAUUUAUCUUCUGAAGAAGUAGAUGUACUUGAACAGAAUUUCUUAACAUAUUUAUUUCAGGUGAUGGAGAAGAGUAAUUUUAAGAUUACGACUGAUGAGGAGAUUGAUGUUGCACUUGCGGGGCAAUAUCUUCUUAAUCUUCCCAUAGUAGUUGAUGAAUCUAAGAUUGACAAGACACUUCUGAAGAGAUAUUUUUCAGAGCACCCCCAAGCAAACCUUCCGGAUUUUGCUGAUAAGUACAUUAUCUUCAGACGUGGAAUAGGAUUGGAUCGUACAACUGAUUACUUUUUCAUGGAGAAAGUGGACAUGAUCAUUUCACGUCUUUGGGCAUUUACUUUAAGGAUAACUCGGUUGGAAAAACUUUUGAGCAAAAGAUCAAGAGGGCGACAAAAUAAGGAGCCAAAGAAGGAUGAUGAGAUUAACCCUGAUGCAGACAAUGAAGAUUUGUAUGUUGAACGGAUCCGUCUUGAAAAAAUGGACAUAAGCAUCAAGAACUUGGUGAGCAAGACUACAAUCCAAGAGCCUACUUUUGAUAGGAUAAUUGUUGUUUACAGGAGAGCAAGUACAAAACCAAAUAAGGAACGAGGAAUAUAUGUAAAACAUUUCAAAAAUAUUCCAAUGGCGGAUCUGGAAAUAGUCCUUCCUGAAAAGAAAAAUCCAGGAUUGACUCCUAUGGACUGGGUCAAGUUCCUUGUUUCGGCUGUUGUGGGGAUGGUUACUUUGUUUAGUUCUCUUCAAAUGCCUAAAGCUGAUCUCUGGGUCAUUUUUGCCAUUUUGUCAACUGUGAUUGGUUACUGUGCUAAGACAUAUUUCACGUUUGAAUCAAACAUGGCUGCAUAUCAGAAUUUAAUAACACAGUCCAUGUAUGACAAACAACUCGAUAGUGGAAAGGGUACUUUGCUUCACUUGUGUGAUGAUGUGAUUCAACAGGAAGUGAAAGAGGUAAUCAUCUCAUUCUUUAUACUUAUGGAGCAAGGUAAAGCUACCAUGGAGGAUUUGGAUAUAAGGUGCGAGGAACUAAUUAAAGAGGAAUUUGAGGAGAGCUGCAACUUCGAUGUGGAUGAUGCAGUUGAAAAGCUAGAGAAGUUGAAAAUCGUUUCUCGGGAUACUAUUGGACGAUAUUAUUGUGUUGGACUGAAACGUGCAAAUGAGAUUAUAGGUGUAACCACUGAGGAACUCGUGCUUAAGGCAAGACAGGGUUCUAUUUCAGCUUAAUACUGUUGCCUCGGUAAGUCAGGAUGGUGAGUGGAGCAUAUACAUGUAGGCAUAUGAAGCCUGCUAUGUGCUACUGAGGUUAUUGGAAUCCUUAAAUCCUUCGUAUUGUGACAUGGGAAUCGGAAUGUGGGACGGGAAGACUCGGUCCGGACCAACAGCUAAGUAUAUUUAUGUGUGUUUAUUCCUCGUCUCAAUUUGAGGGUUUCAUUUUCUUGCAUCUCUUAUGUGUGAUGUACAUUAUAUUUUCGGGUAUGUGACACGCGGUACCUCUAUGGAACUGCCAAUUAAUCACGUCAUGUAUUGAGUUUUUGUUUGGAGGAACAUAUAUAUUAAUGUAGAAUGUUUGAAGAACAAUGUGUGAAGA